CUAACCACGGCCAGGGAGCCGUCAAGUUUAAACUUAAAGGCCGCUUCUACCGCAAACUGACAUAGCACAAGUUGGGAGUUCUAACACAAACUCGAUUAAUUACUCAAAAUAUGCAGGCAUUCAGAUCAACAGUGCGGGUAGCUUCUCAGUUUCGCUCAACGGGUCUGCCCAGAUUCGUGAGGGGAUACUCUUCGGCGCAGACAUAUGAGCAUUUGCUGGUCUCGACGCCGAAGCCUGGUGUUGGAUUUGUCCAGCUUAACCGACCCAAAGCCCUCAAUGCCCUCAGCACACCCCUCAUCCUCGAGCUCAACCAGGCUCUGCGCGAGUUCCAGGCCGACAAGUCCAUUGGCGCCAUUGUCCUCACCGGUUCUGAAAAAGCAUUUGCCGCGGGCGCAGACAUCAAGGAAAUGAAAGACCUGACAUUCAGCACUUCAUACGGAAACGACUUUAUAGAAGUCUGGUCCGACCUUGUCACAUUCCUCAAGAAACCCCUCAUCACAGCUGUAAACGGAUACGCGCUCGGUGGAGGAUGUGAGCUUGCCAUGAUGGGAGACAUUCUGUACGCCGGACCCAAAGCAAUGUUUGGACAGCCCGAGGUCAAGCUCGGCACUAUUCCCGGCGGCGGUGGAUCGCAGCGUCUUACCAAGGCGAUUGGGAAAUCGAGAGCUAUGGAGAUUAUCCUCACAGGCGACAACAUCACCGCAAAACAGGCUGGUGAAUGGGGACUCGUCGCAAAGGUGUUUGAGACACCCGAGGAGUGUGUCAAUGGUGCUCUUGCAACGGCAGAGAAGAUCGCGAGCUACAGUCAUAUUACUGUUAAGGCAUGCAAGGAGGUUGUAAAUAAGAGCCAGGAUCUGGGCCUCAGAGAAGGUGUCGAGUACGAGAGAAGAGUGUUCCAUGGUCUGUUCGGUAGUCAGGACCAGAAAAUUGGCAUGGCUGCUUUUGCGGCGAAGAAGAAGGCCGAGUGGACCAAUGAAUAAAACAGUCGUGUAGUAUUUAACCAUGGAUGCAACCUGCACUGCUGGCGUCGAGGUGGGUACAUCUGUAGGUGGAUCAAUGUUGUACGAGAUAAACGUAUUGAUCAAUGAACACUUUGAGAGAACUCUGCAAAUAAACUUCUAUAAG